AUGAGACUCUCCGCGCAACUUUCACUCCUGGCCCUGGCGCUCAGCCAGGCAUUGGCCAACCCCAUGAAUGCCAAUGCACCCAACAACAUCGCGAAGCGAGAUUCCGCCGACGACUGCAAGAAGGCGUGUACAGGAACACUGGCACUCGUGCCGUCGCCUGCAGAUGGCUUUGAUGUUGAUACAUGCAGCAAAGAGUGCGAGGGCUCGCUUCAUCUUAAGAAAAUUGCCAAGGUGUUGGCUCCGAACAUUAACGACGACGGUGAGGAGGUGACGUUCGAAGAUGGCUGGAAAUUGCCUGUAAAGACGUUCUACAACAAAGUGAGGACAGUUCAGAAAGAGACUCAAAGCAAUGACCAAGGUUGA